GACCGGAGAUGCCCUGAUGCGUGUGUACGCUGCUUAGUAGCAUGCUUAGUAGGAACCAGUUCUUUACCCUCUUGCCCCAACCUUACAGUGCUCUUCGUUGCAGGCGGCCAGUGACAAAGGUACAAAAAAAAAGUGUGGUGGUUCUACGGUUCUACGACGUGCUGUGUGGACCGCGAUCUAGACUUAUCAUUGCCUAAACUUGAGGAUGUGUUACAUGUUUACCCUGUCAACGAUUCAUGUGGUAAUAUAGUAUCAUUAUGUUAAAUCUCACGAGCCAGCUGCGCUUUCAUGUCACGCUGUGUGCAACGAAACUUCGUGAGUGCAUUCGUGCCAUGUAGAGUGUUCUUGAAGUAGUCGACUGCACUCGAAGGGUCUUUCGAAGACGGCUCCUCGAAAAGAAGCUACAAUGGAUACAUCGACGUUUUUAAUCACGGUCGCCCAGAAGGUUCCUUUCGGUGACCUGUGCAAGCUCUGCGACAAGAUUUCCGGCAAGCAGGACAGGGGCGACAAGCGGAACCUGCUGGAGAAGUUCAUCGCGUAUUGGCGCGAGUUUCACGACAAAUUGCACACCGCGAAUGGAGUUCAAGCUGCAGCCGAUGAUUCCUUCUUUCCCGCUAUGCGGCUUCUGUUACCGCACCUGGACAGAGAUCGACCGGCGUAUGGAAUCAAAGAAGCCACUCUGGCCAAACUUUAUAUCGACGUGCUCGCCCUCGGCAAGGAUAGUCCAGACGCUCAGAAAUUGCUGCGCUACAGAACGCCUCACGUGGCGAAAGCAGAGGCUGGUGACUUCGCCAGCGUUGCAUAUUUGGUGCUGCGAAAUCGCUGCCCGACCAAAGGGACGCUCACAGUAGCCGACGUCAAUCAGCUUUUGGAUGAAGUGUCUGAUGCACACGCUCACGGCGGCGCCGAAGGCAGCCGACGGACGAGAGAUGCGCUAUGCACGCUGCUGCGCCGUACUUCUGCCGCAGAACAAAAGUGGCUGGUGAGAAUGAUUCUAAAGGAGAUGAAAAUGGGCAUGAGCGAAGGGAGUAUCCUUUCCUGCUAUCAUCCGGACGCGCAGGACGUUUUUGACAACAGCAGCAGUCUCUCGAAGGUUUGUAGAGAACUGAAAGACCCGAAAAUUCGGCAGCACGUUGUUCAAGUCGCACUGUUCAACGCCGUGCGACCAAUGCUGGCCGAGCGAGCAGAGCCGCGCUCUGUCGAGCGUCUCUUGAAUCACGAACCCUUCUUUGCCGAGACCAAGUUUGAUGGCGAGCGGCUGCAGGUGCACAAGGAUGGCUCAGAGUUCAGGUACUUCACACGACGCAGCCAUGACUAUAGUUCUGGCUUCGGAGCCAAUGCUGAUGAAGGAUCUUUGACACAGUACAUAGCUAAGUCCUUUCAAAGCCAUGUAAAAAGUUGCAUCUUAGAUGGAGAGGUAAUAGGAUAUGACCCUAGGAAUGAUCGUCUUGUUUCAAAAGGUUCUCAUGUAGAUGUGAAAAGUUUAACAGAGAGUUCAUCAUUACAGCCCUGCUUUGUAACCUUUGAUAUACUCCUCCUGAAUGGACAGGUAGUCACCAACAAGCCUCUUCAGGAGAGAGUCAAGCUUCUUGAUCAGGCUGUAGUGGAAGUUCCUGGCAGAAUACUGAUCUCUAAAAGGCAGAAUGGUUCGACACGAGAUGAUGCUGUUCGUUUUCUAAACCAAUCAAUCGAAGACCAAGAAGAAGGCAUUGUUCUAAAAAGGCUUUCUUCUGUCUACAAACCUAAUGCAAGAAAAGCUGGCUGGCUAAAACUCAAGCCAGAGUAUGUGGACAACUUAGUUUCAGAUCUAGACAUGCUUAUUCUUGGUGGGUAUUUUGGAGAAGGACGUCGCAGUGGUAUUGUCUCUCACUUUCUCUUGGGUGUCGCCAGUGGAGACUGCGACGACAAUGGUAUGCCACGGUCUUUCUGGUCUGUAGCAAAAGUGGGCUCGGGGUACAGCUUGAAAGAACUGGAUGACCUGCUUGCCAAAUUGACAUCCAAAUGGAAAGUUUAUGACCCGAAAAGACCUCCAGAAAAGCUUGUACUUGCGCAGGGCCUUAAAGAAAAACCAGACUUAUACCUUGAGCCAUCAGACUCUGUAGUACUUCAGAUAAAAGCUUCAGAGCUGGUUCGUAGUAGUCAGUUCAGGACAGGUAUAACAUUGCGAUUUCCCCGUGUGGCUGCCAUUCGCCAUGAUAAGCCAUGGCAAGAUGUGCUGUCAUAUUCAGAGCUUUGUGAACUAGAAAAGGCAGCUGGUGGGAAACUGGCUACUGCCACUGUUGGCUAUGAUGACGAUGAUGGUGGUUCACCAGCAAAAAAGAGGCGCAUCGGAGCCAGCGUAAAGGCGUCUUUAGGCGCACACUUUCAGCCAGCCAAUUUGUCUGGUGCAGUGAAGAAGCGAAGUACUCUACAGGGAAAAGAGCUGUGUAUUCUGACUGGCUGUGGUGAUCUCACAAAGCAGAUGCUAGAAGUCCAGGUCGCUGAAUUGGGAGGCACCAUUGUCCAAAAUCCCAGCAAGGAAACAUUUUGUGUUGUUGCAGAAAAGCUAAACUUCAGAGCACGCAGUUUCAUCAAAUCGAGAAAAUGGGAUGUCGUUAAAGCAGACAAGUUUCUUGCGCUUCUCAGUUCCCCUGAGCUUCGGCCAUGGGAGCCAGCAGACCUGUGGUGCCCCUGCACUGAAACAGAAAACCGGCUGAAGAGCUUGUUUGAUGAAUACGGUGAUAGCUACACGGCCCCUGUGACUGCAAGUUCUUUGCAGGAACUUUUCGCAACCAUUCCCAAAGAGGCGUGGAGCCAUGUUGAUGACUUAUCAGGGUUCAUAUUUAAGUUUGAGCAGGAGAACUUUGUCUCUCGGCCAGAGUGGGGCCUAUUCAGAAACUGCACAUUCAGACUGAGCGAGGAUAGUGAAUUAAAUAGACUAAUUAUUAGAUUGCAUGGUGGUAAGGUUUUGAACACUCCAGGGGAUGGGGAAGCUGACAAUUCAGUCUUUGAUUCAUAUGGCAUGGAUACUUCGGACGAAGUGUUGGAAGUGGAUAGUGAAUGGAUGGAUGAAUGCAUUCGAGCUGGUGAACUGCCUCUUUUUUCAUGAGUGGCUCCUUCUCUGUCGUAGUGCCUGUUGGAAGCAGGGCAUGGCUGUUGCACCUGUGUAGCCAAAGCAUUAGUGUAUCACUAUUUGCAAAUCAAAAUGGCUGCCAGUACAGUGAAAGCGCUUGCAACUUGCUGUAGUUGGAAACAGAAGCACCUCUUGUGUGCUUGUACUGUGUAAAAGAAUACAACUGUGCAGAACUUGUAUAUGUAGAACUGCAUGUUGAUAAAAGCGCAAUUGACUUUUUUCCAAUUCACCUAUACACAUGGGCAUACUCUCACCCGAGCUGCAUUACUGCAGGGCUGGUGUGCAAAGUGAGUGCGCGAUUCCUUGCAUUGUCUGCGGCAAUUACAUGGGCUUGAGGAACUGAAUAAUAUAUUUGCUCAUUUUCGGGGUGAGAAUGUUGGUUAAAGGAGACAUUUCAGCAAUUAGUGGGAAAGACUGCAAGCUGUUUUGUCAAUGAAAAGGCACCGUGAACUAACGUUCAAGCGAUAGGUUAAGUGCUCGCGGCGGGUCUUAUGCCAGACACUUUCUGUACUGUCGAUUACACAAAUGGCAUGGAAUUUUGAACUUAUUGUACUGGUGUGGUGCACACAGUCAAUUUUUAAAAAAAAUUUUACCAGUGAGUCAUCACACGAUUCUUGCUGAGUGAGGCAAGCCUGUGUCUGGUAACAGCACGCCACCAGCACUGUGAACAUUUAAAUUGCACUUGCUUCCCUACAACUGAUUUGGGAGUCUCGAUGAUGUCUUAAUUGACUAGCAUGUAUAUCGCAGGGUUUUUACCAUUUGCUGAAAAAUGCAGGCGGAGAUAGCUGUACGGUUACGUGGGGCAAAAUGAAAAGAGUUAUGUUGCCACACAGCCUAUCAGAAUGCAUCGUACAAGACUAAAGCGACACACUCGUGGUACCACAGUUUACCCAAAUCGCGAGUCUCUUUUUUUUUUUUUACAGCCGAACGAAGUUUUACGCACCUGACAAAGCAAUGUGUUACCUCCACACACCUUCUGCACUUCUUCCCCCCACCCCCUUUAUCCAUGCCAUACGAUACAUAUCUCGAGAUAAAACAGCACAUUUCCCUGCAGCACAUUCGCAGUACGUGUGCAGAACUUUUGCAUAUUGUUUGUUCAUCAUGAGCUGCUUGCACUGCCCGCUCUUGAGGGCAAGCUUUUGCGUGCAUAUGUUGACUACCUCAUACAUGUCGAGCCACUCUAAACGACGGUUGAGUUUAUCUUGAAAAAAAUCCUGCCACAAUACGUUUGACACUCACACAUGUAUUCACCAGUUGGGUCAAAGUAGUGGCCAAGCUGUUGAAGAAUAAAGGCUGGCACAUCUCUUAAAUGUUGGUUACAAACAGCUUGCACGUCACGUCGGCAUGUUGCCUUCUUGUCGGUAUAUGGAAAAUGGGCUAUCGCUACACAUGAGCAAAUAAGCGCACACUAGAGCAGGGCAGUGAGGAGCUACUACUUCAACAACACAAAAAAGAAGAAGCAGAAGCAGAGAUGGUCGCCACGAGAGACUAAGCAUUAUCACUGCGUUGUGGCGAGAAGCAGGGGGGGGGGGAGGGGGGGCGUGUGUGUCUUGCCCGUAAAAUUUAGUUGAAGUAGUGGCCACUAUAGGGUUCGCGUACUGAAAAAAGGUCCAUUGCAGCUACCUUUGCCCAUUGGUCUCUGCUAUCAUAGUGGUGUGUCGAAACAUGCUUUGUUCUUUCAGCAGUGAAGUUUACUUGAUCAAAGCUGUAGCACUAUGUUCUUUAGCUCAUUCCCAGUCCCACUGAGAGAGAUGGCAGUCCAAUGUGUGCAGUCCAUCCACUCAAGUCAAGAUUGAAACUUUUCUGCUGUUGUUUGCAAUUGCAAGCUACACUUAGCUGUGUUAAUAAAAUUAGAUUUUGUACAUGAGCUGCUUAUCUCCUCAAAUGAAUUGCGUAAAUGUACCUUUUACCAUUUUUAACUUACCCAUGUUGUAUUUGCCUUGUUUUGAAUUUAUACAUUUUAGUAUGCAAUGGAUUUGUGAAGUGAUAAAUGAGGUGAUUGUUGCUGUGCUUUUAGCUGCGUUUUUGUGAUUGUGAGAAAUGAAGUCUAGUUUUAAUGAUAUCACUGUUUCGUGUUUUCCUGAUACCCUGACAAACCUUGGUCUGUAUAUUGCACAGAAUUGGCCUCAUGCUAUCACACUUUGUUCCUUGUGCCUUAUAAUCUGGUCUUUUCUUUAAACUUCAAUCUGUUGAGAGUAGUAGUGGUGUGAAUCAUGUAGUAAUUUUAACCAGGAAUAUUUUUUGGGGGGUUAGUCACUCACUUGAUGGAAAAGGGAGAGGAAACUGGGCAGGUGGCAUGCUGGUACACAAAACACGGGGGUGCCUGGUGUGCUCCCAUUCCUUGCUACGACCCUGCAAUCGUGUGACGUCCAGUUUCUAUGAAUUGGGCCCAACUUUUAGCCACACCUCAUAAAGCCCCCUCUCUCAUUUUCAGCUCUGCCUUAGCACAAUAAGCAUUUUGCAGCAGCUUCAAGCUAGUCAAUUCAAUAUUUACUUAAAACUGAAACAGAGCUGCUCAGAAAUAUAUUGUCAGGAAUGAUUGAGUACAACACUUGUAAUCACUAUUCUGUGUCCAUCUUGAGCACUGCACUGAGCAUUGCAAUGGGGCUACUUGUUACAAUUCCAUGGGUGCAGAGAGCAUGAACUUGACAUGGACACAUGAGCAAACAAGUACUUGUGUUUGCUUUUGUGUUAGGUCAAGUUUGGGCUGCCUGCAAUCAUAUUAUAGUAGUCACAUGGGAGGUCUACAGAAGACCAGACACCCUGAGGCAAGGAAGGCAACAUCAGUGGACCUGCAGAAAGCCUGUAGUGUGUAGUGUGCAUGGUAAUCCAUUAUUUGAAAAAAACAUGCCAAAUCAAUUAUAUUAUUUUCAGAUAAGGGUAACUCACAGUGAUUCACAGCAACUGCCGGUGCAUUGCUGUAAGCGCCAGAGAACAGCAUUACAUGACUGCUUGCUUUAGACACAUUAAACCUUGCCAAAGUG